UUUCGGGGCUGUAUUAACGUGAGGCAUAGGGUAGGAAAGGGGAUGAUUGAACUUUUAUUUGCCUGGAUGUAGAAGAGUAAGAACACCACUUGCUGUAAAUCCCAUCGCUUUUUCAGGGGACAAACAGUGUAAGAGCAACUUAAGUCAAGAUGUCUGAGGAAGCAGUGGAGGACGUUUUAGAAGACGUUGAGGAAGAAGAAGUUGAAGAGGUUGUAGUGGAAGAAGAAGCUGAAGAAGUUGUAGUGGAGGAGGUGGUGGAGGAAGAAGAAGCUUCACCUGGAGUAGAAGAGCCUCCUGUCUCCACUGCUGAAGAGGCUCCAGCUCCAGAUGAAGGAGCCCCAGCUGCAGAUGAAGAUGAAUCGAAGCCCAAACCAAAGGCUUUUGCUCCAACGAUAGCUGUUCCAAAGAUCCCAGAGGGAGAAAAAGUUUACUUUGAUGACAUCCACAGGAAGCGUCAGGAGAAAGAUCUGUCUGAGCUGCAAUCUCUGAUCGAGGCCCACUUCAUUCAGAGAAAGAAGGACGAGGAGGAGCUCAUCGCUCUUGUUAACAGGAUUGAGAAUCGUCGUGGUGAGAGGGCUGAACAGCAGAGGAUCCGUGCUGAGCAGGAGAAAGAGAGACAGACUCGUCUUGCUGAAGAAAAAGAGAGGAAAGAGCAGGAGGAGGCUCGUAAGAAGCAUGAUGAGGACGCCAAGAAGAAAAAAGCCCUGACUAACAUGACUCAGCAAUACGGUGGUCAGCAAAGGCAAGAUGGAAAGAAGGGAGCAAAGAAGCAAACGGAAAGAGAAAAGAAGAGAAAGAUCCUGGCAGAGAGGAGGAAACCACUCAACAUUGACCAUAUGAACGAGGAAAAGCUGAAAGAGAAGGCUAGUGACCUAUGGCAGUGGCUGAUGAUGCUGGAGGCUGAGACGUUUGACUACACUGAGACGCUAAAGAGACAGAAGUAUGAUAUCAACCUGCUCCUGAAUCGGGUUCAGGCCACCCAGUUCACCAAAGGAAGAGGCAAGGCCAAAGGCAGGGUGAGAUAGACGGGCACGACCAAGUUCUCAGAGGAGACGCCUGAACACAAGCAGCAGCGUACAAAAAAUAAAGAGACUUUUGUGCGUUUUAUCCGA